AUGGAGCGCGGCAGGGGGCUGCGGCUGGAAGGCUGGCGAGGGAACGACGGGCAUCCGCAAGGAGCCGAGGACGCAGAAGCUGCCGAGCAGCAGGAAGAGGCGCAGGGCGACGCUUCGUCGGUGGCUGGAGGCUCGACAACUGGCAUGGAGCCAAGCUCGAGCUCGAGCUCAAGUUCAAGAUCGAGCUCAAAGUCUAGCUCAAGUUCGAGCUCGAGUGGGAUAGGCUCGUCGAGCUCGAGCGGCAUGGCCGGGCCAUCCGGGGGAGUGGGGCGGAGGAGGAGGAAGAAGAAGAAGGCGAGCGGGCUGCGGUCGCGGCGGGCGGUGAAGCGCAAGGUGGCGCGAUCGACAGAGUCUUCAGACUCUGAGGGCUCUGUGGAUGGGCGAUACCUUGGUUCGGGUGCGUCUGUGGUGGAGCUGGUGCGGGGCGGCGGCGGCGGCGAGGGGAGCACGGCCGGCGAGGCGGAUGUAGAGGCCGGGGCCGGCUCGGACGGGCUCGAUCCGGGAGAGCUCCUCCACAAGGCGCUGUGGACAAACAAGCCGCGGGAGGCGGUGUCUAUUUUCUGGAACAAGUACAACAGUGAGACCGACGACCCCAACGCGUUGCGGCCUAUGACGCUGAUGGAACAGUUCCGCGAGAUGCAGGCUGAGCUUACGGUGUAUCCAGCGAUGCGGCAGAAGAAGAGCGCGGUGGAGUGGGCGACGGUGACAUGGCGUGGGUACUACCUGCAGGCGAAGCGAGUGGCACGGUCGCUGAUGAAGAUGGGGAUCAAGGCCGGGAUGCGUGUGGGCAUUUUUGCGGCCAACUCGCCGCAGUGGUGCAUGGCGUUUCUCGGCUCGGUCAUGGUUGCCGGCAUUCCUGUGGGCAUUCACGACGCGUUUGACGAGGGUUCAAUUGGGCACAUUCUCCGGCACGCGUCGAUCACGGUGCUGUUCAUUGGUGGGCAGACGGAGCUAGAGGUCCUUGUCUCUGUCCUGCGGCAGACGAAGUACUCGAAGCUAUUUGCGGUGGUCUCGUUCACGGCGCUCCGCGAUGACUCUGCGCGGUACCUCCGCAACGCCGGCAUCUAUCCAUUUGUUUUUGACGAGUUUGUGCUCCUCGCCGGAACCGACGAGUCGAUGCUGCAGCGGCUGGUGCGGCGGCGGCAGGCCGAGGUCGAGCCGGGCAUGUGCGCCACGAUUGUGUACACGCCCGGAGCGUCGUCGGCGCCAAAGGGCUGCAUGCUCUCGCACGACAACCUGCUGUGGGCGGGAACGAUUCUCUCGGGCAUGCUCGGCGCGAGCGGGUCGGACAAGGCGGUCUCGUUCAUGUCGCUCUCGUCGGUCUACGGCCUGCUCGUCGACCUUGUGGUGCCGCUUGUCACUGGGCAUGCUGUCUCGUUUGUCACCAAGACUGCGCUCAAGGGCUCUCUCGGCGACGUGCUCCGCGAGGUGGGGCCGUCGUUCUUUGUGGGCAUGCCGCACAUCUUUGAGCGGCUCCGCGAUCGGUUCGAGGAGUUUGAGUACACUCACUCGGGUUGGGGCGCGCGGAAUCGGAUGCUGGCGUGGGCGCGGCGGAAAGGCCUCGCGGCAACGUACGCGGCUCAGCGCGGCGAGUCGAUGCCGUGGGGCUACACGCUCGCGCGGCUGACGACCUUUCUCCCGUUCCGGCAGCGAAUCGGGCUGCAGAACGCGCGAAUUGUGGUCUCGAUGGGCUCGCACAUCUCGGUCGACACGCUCGAGUUUUUCCAGUCGCUCGGCCUGCAGAUCUACGUCUCGUACGGCAUGACCGAGUGCACCGGCGUCUCGACGCUCUCAUUGCCCGGAGCAUGUCUGACUGGGACGGUCGGGCGGCGGCUGCUUGGGACGGGCGUGUCGACGCGCGAUGACCGGCGCGAGCUCAUCACCGCCUCGGGCGUGCCGCUCGAGCAGGAGGCCGGCGAGGGCCCGAUCCGGGUCUACGGGCGCAACGUAUUUAUGGGCUACUUUCGCAUGCGCAAGCACGACCAGGCACCGCUCUUCGACUCGGCCGGCUGGUUCGAGACCGGCGACUUUGGGCGGUUCGAGGGAGGCUUUCUGCACGUCGACGGCAAGGUCGAGGACGUGGUGACGCUCGCGGACGGGACCGCGCUCGCGCCAAUAGCGGUGGAGGCCAAGCUCGUCGACGCCAUUCCGGGCAUCGAGCAUGCCUUUGUCUACGGCGAGAACAAGGCCCAUCUCGUUGCACUCUUUACUCCCGAGACCAAGCUCAACCGACAGACCGGCGAGGCGACGACCCGCAUCGACUCGGGCAUUCUCCGCUGGAUCUACGAGAGCGGGCAGAGGAGGCUCGACGACGACGUCGAGUCUGCCGCCGAGCUCGACCUCCUCGAGCUGCAGGCUGCCAUGCUCGCCGACGUCGACGCCACAGCCCGCAUCACUGUCGCCGAAGUCAUCGCGCAUCCGGAUGUCAUCCGCUACGUCCAAACACGGGUCGACGCGUACAACGACGCCGCGCCCCAAGCCGUCCAGAUCCACCGGUGGGCCUUUACCCCGGCGCCGUUCACCGUCUACUCGGGCGAACUCGACGUGGCGUACAAGCUCCGCCGCGACGUUGUCAUUGCCGUCUAUGCUGAGCUGUUGCACUCGCUGUACGAGUGAGGCACAUCAUUGAAUGUAUGCGCCCAGUGCGCCGUGGCC